AUGAAGCGCAGAAUCACUUUUGUCCAGCGCAUCGAUGCUGGGUUUAAUCCCCAGCAAGUCACUCUUACCCCGUCAUCCCUCUCCGUGCGCGGCCUGGAUGCCGCGCGGGAGGACCGCAUCACCGUGGAGCUUGACCAGCUCCCGGAACAGUUGCGCGCUGUCCUCGAACAAUCCAGUGGGCUUCACCUCCGCUGGGCCUCCGAACGACCUUAUGACGCUCUUGCACCUUUCACCAGCCGAGUCUCCCCAGGACUGCAUGUGCAUUAUACCCCUUUGAAAGCGGAAGAUUCAUCGGAGGAGCUGUGUACGCUGCUCCGCACGGUGGUUGGACCCGACGAGGAUGCUCAGUAUAAGGAUUGCACGAAACCGGAGGAAUCAUUCAUCUCACCCCCACCCUCCACGAGAUUCGGCUCGCUACAAUAUCACACCCACCUUCCUACUGUGGACAACCUCGUCAAAUAUAUCCAGGAUAAUGUCUGCAUAACAGGAAGCACCGAGUGCCACACUCACGCCAAUGCUCUUCUCAGCGCAGACUCCGUUGACAUCGAUUAUGACAGCAUCUCUCAUGCCUUGACAGUGUCAGGGUUCUGGGCCAACCCUCCCCAAGGCGGCUGGAACGAUGAGAUCUCGAAGCCCUCUUCUGCCGCUGAUCAGAUUGAAUUCGGUCUCCUUGGUGCCGAACCAGGGCUUGAGCCAGAAGAGAUCAAGAUGGGUGGGCUGCUAGCUGUUGUUGGCGAGGACCAGAAACUCAAACCAACUAUGUUCUCCUUCCCUUCGCGCCAUCAACCCCUCAUCGAACCAUCCAGCUACACUGUCUCAUUCACCCCUCCAACGGGUCUGCACCCAGAAAUGUCAAUAACCAUACCUGGCUCAUCACUCAAACGACCACCAGCGCCCAGCGACGCAACCUGCGGACUCCACACAUAUCUCACCCUCCCAUCCACCGUAUUCGGAGACCAAUACCAGCUCAAAACAACAGACCCCCUCUUCCUCGAAUCCCACAACCUCGCAGCCCUCCACGCCCUAGCAGGCGAAACAGACCUCGAAGCCCCAGACUGGGUCGUCAACCACUGGGGCUCAACCUGGCUCCUGGAACUAGCAACCCCCAAAUCCCAAGAAACAGCUCCAUCAAACUGGACAGCCACUAUCCCCCUGCACCUGCGAUAUCUCCCACCCUCAGAAUCAGGAUACCGCACAGCACAUAUCCCCUGGCCCAUCGUUUUCUGGGCCUGUACCACCGAAGAUGAAUCAGAGGUAGGACCCAACCCAUUCGAUCGCACGAACCUCGGCUGGGACGGUCUGUUCAGUCCGCAGACGACCUUCUAUCAGCUUCAACCUGCGGGUGCUCGACUGGUUGAGGAUCUGGAUGUGCCGGUUCUGCGGCUUAGUGGAGAGGGGCUUUUCCAAGGCAAGUCUAUCGAGCUGGGCACUUGUGCGGUUAUCUCGCUUGGAUUCUUGUGGGUGCUCUGGAAGCUGUUGCGGGUUGCUUGGGUUUCUGGGGUUGGGUCGAAUGAUAAGGCUGGACGGGGUGUUCAUGAUAAGAAGGACUGA